AUGAAUCUAUACGGGUCGUCAAUGAUGUUCACAAUGGAAGCCAACAAGGAAAAUAUUCCACCUGGAUCACAAUUUGGCUUGGCCGAUCUCAAAGAGCCCAUCGUUCUUCCCGUCGCCCAAAAUCACCCGCACCCGCACCCGCUCCCAACUCCCAAAAUCACACCAAAACCAUCGCCAGCCACUUCGCUCCGAUCAGAUGCCUCUUUUCUACCAGGUAAGAAGAUCUUUUUUGGCGCCCAAAAAUUAGCUGAUAAGAAUUUUGUAUAGUUUUUUUUUGGUUAUCAGGGGGAACGGGGUAAACAAAUAUAGGCAUUUAACCUUACUUGAGAAGGGUCAUUUUGAUAAGGACUCUUGAUAAGGAGUUUCUAGAGAGUUCGGGGAAAUUUCAUGAGUUCUAGUGGUGAUUUUCAGAUUCUCGGUGAAAUUUAGGGCUUUUGGACACCCAUUUUCAUAUGGUUAGGUAUAAUUUGAAAAAUUGGACCUUUUGGUGUACACCAUGGUGACAAAUUGAGAUUUCAAGGGAAUUUCAAGGGUUCCUACUAUUUUUUUCAGAUUCUCGGUGAAAUUUGGGGCUUUUAGACACCCAUAUUCAUAGGGUUUAGAGAAUUUUUAAAUUUUCGGGAUUUUGGUGUACACCAUGGUGACAAAUUGGGAGUUCUAGGAGUUCUCAUAGAUUGUGACGUGGAUUUUCGAAUUUCCCGUAGAAUUUCGAGUUUUUAGACACCCAUAUUCAUAAGGUUUCCAUUAUUUCGAAAAAAUUGGCAUAUUGGUGUUCACCAUGGUGUAAAAUUGAAAAUUCACCAAAUCCUAUACAUAUGGAUGUCUAAAAACUCCAAAUUUCACCAGGAAUCCGAAAAUCAGCACCAGAGCUUCUGAAAUUCAAUAGGAACCCCAGCUUCACCAAGGUCCACACCAAAAUUUCGAAAUUUUCAAAAUCCACCAAAACCCUAUACAUAUGGGUGUCUAAAAUCUCCAAAUUUCACCAGGAAUCCAAAAAUCAAGCCCAUUUUCUCCCAAACGCUUCAGAAUUUCCAAAACCAACAAAUUCCAGAUUCUCCAGCAGUGAAUACAUCAGCAGAUGAAGCAGAAGAUGAUCUGGAAUCCACGUCACGAAAAGAGAAAUCACUUGGACUUCUUUGUCAACGUUUUCUAAUUGCGAUGAAUGAAGAAACUCGGGCAAAUGGCACAAAUGAAGUGCAUUUGGAGACUGUGGCAAGAAAAAUGAGUAAGAUACCUUUUUUGGGGGAUUUUUGAGCUGAAAUUAAUUUUUGAAAAUUUUCAGAUGUGGAGAAACGUCGAAUCUAUGAUAUUGUAAAUGUGAUGGAAGCGCUGGAUGCGAUGGCAAAAACAAAUAAAUCAUAUUAUCAAUGGCAUGGAUUAGAGCAGUUACCCAAACUUAUGAUGGAAUUACAGGUUGGUUGGAAUUCUGGGGGGAAAUUGAGAUAGACUAUAGUUUGGAGCCUAGGAUCUGAUGGGGAGAAUAGUUUUCGAAUUUUUGAAAAAUCUCGAUUUUGAGGGAAGUUAUGGGGUUCUAAACAUGGAACUUGAUAGAAUUUUUUUUAAUCUGAAAUUUUCUCUGCGUCUCUCAGAUUCUCUUGCUCUCUAGAUCAAAAUUGAGCUUUUUUGAAAAUUAUAAAAAUUUUAAAUUUCUGAAGAUUUUUUUCGAGUUACCCUAACUCAGCUUAAAAUCCACAUUUUCCAAAAAUUCCUGAACCCGAAUUUUCAAGUUCCUCUAACUCCACUCCAAAUUAACCUAUUCCAAAAAUUCCAAAACCAAGAAAAAUCUGACUAUCAAGUUACUCUAACUUUGCUCAAAAACAUGAUUUUUCAAAAAUUUCAGAACUAGAAAAUAUCUGAGUUUUCAAGUUCCCCUAACUCCACUCCAAGCUAACCUAUUCCAAAAAUUCCUGAACCUCCCGAACCCGAAUUUUCAACUUUGCCUAACUCCACUCCAAAUCAACCUAUUCCAAAAAUUCCUGAACCUCCUAAAUCCAAUUUUUCUGCAGAACGAAGCAGUAAUGGAACAUCUACCCGAAAGGGUUCUGCGAGUCGAGCAAGCAAUGUGCUCAUUCACCGAGCUCUCCUCCUCCUCCUCCUCCUCCACAUCCACUUCAACUUCCUCCAACUCUUCAAAUUCGCAAUCCCUAGUCGGCUCAUUUGCUCCGUGUACUUCUCGCGAACAAGACAAACCCUCAUCUGCUCAACCGGUGAAAACCGAAAGAUCUCGAGUGGAUAAUCGAGAUCGACAAGGCCGAAAUUCGCUGGCUCAACUAUGCCGCCGAUUUUUGAUGGUUCUAUUGAGUAAUCCGAGAAAUAUUCGGAAGGUUUCAUUGGAUGUUGCGAGUACUGUACUUAUCAAAGAUCCGGAGACUGAAGGAUUUGAACCGCCGAGUCGAAGUCGAUGUAGAAGAUUGUAUGAUAUUGCAAAUGUGCUGGUGGCUUUGGGGUUGAUUAAAAAAGUGCAUUAUUUGUUUGGCACUAAGAAGAUCCCACUUUUUGUAUAUUGUGGUCCAGAACCGGAUGGUUAGUGCAUUUUUGGGGCAUUUUCAGAGCUCUAGUGCUCAUUUUCAGAUUUCCCGUGAAAUUUGAAGAACAGAAUUUCACGUAGAUCUCGAAUUCACCACUAAUUUUCAGCCUAAAUUUCAGAUUCCACGUGGAAAAUGAGCCUAGAAACUUUCUGGUGACCCCCCUGAACACCUAUUAAAAGGGGGGGGGUCACUUUUCCUCGAAAACUUCAUUUUCUCCAGGGAAAAAAUAUUCUAGAACAGAAUUUCACGUAGAUCUCGAAUUCACCACUAAUUUUCAGCCUAAAUUUCAGAUUCCACGUGGAAAAUGAGCCUAGAAGCUUUCUCGUGACCCCCUGAACAUCGAGAAAGGGGGGGGGUCACCUUUUCCCCGAAAUCCUCAAUUUUCUCCACGGAAAAAAUUUUCUAGACCAGAAUUUCACGUAGAUCUCAAAAAAAUCAAUAAUUCUUUCAGAAACCGCUACAUUCGAUGUCUACACUUCAAUCGAGCGCCUUCUAUCCGCUCCCCAAUCCACCCCAGUCACUCCAACUAUCAAAGCAACAACGGAUAAAUUAGUUCAACAGCUUUCGGCUUUUGGAAAACGAUCGAGCUCUGAAAAUCAGCUAGGAUCAACUAAUCGAAGUUAUCAUAAGGUUCCAAAGUGAGUUAGAGCGCAUUUGCUCAAAAAACAAAACAAAAUUUCGAAUUUUUAAAUGAGGCCUAUACCAUUUUGUUGGAAAUUUUACGGUGAUUCUGAAGAUACCCUAACUUGCCUCAUAAUUUUGAGUUUAAGAGGGUGAAAUUCGCAUUAGAGCGCAAUUGCUCAAACCAACCUAACAAAAUUAAUUGCAGGACUGAGCCAACAAUCAUCCCAAUUUCGCCACACAGUUCAUCUCUAAUGAUGUUCGCUGAAUUGGCAGCGGCUGAAAGUUUGAGAAUGCAAAAUUCGCCGAUUCGAAAUAUGCUCUUCCCCGCUUUCCUGAAUAAUCAUCCAAUUCGUCCAACUUGCUCAACACUGCCUUUUGCACGGAAUUCGCCGAAAAAAGUGAGUUGGAAUGGAGAUUUUUGAAAUCAGCGGGAAAUUUGGAGGGUUUUGAUAUACAUUUGUAUGGGGUUUGGGGGAUUUUCAGUUUUGGCACCAUGGUGUAAACCAAAAUUCAAAAUUUUUCAAAGAAUUCAGAACCCUAUGAAUAUGGCUGUCUAAAAACUCCAAAUUUCACCAGAAAUUCGAAAAUCACCAAGGGAAACUUUGAAAAUGCUCAGAACUCUCAAAACAUUCGAGUUUUGCGAGCAUUCAGAGGUUAAUCAUAGUGAAUCUAGAUUUCUAGAAGACGUCAUCGGUUCUCGUGGUGAUUUUCGAAUUCUCCACAAAAUUCGGAGUUUUUUGAGCCCCAUUUUCAUAUAGUUAGGGAAUUUUUGAUUUUUGUCACCAUGGUGUACACCAAAAUUCGAAAUUUUUUAAAGAAUUCAGAACCCUAUGAAUAUGGGUGUCCAGAAACUCGAAAUUUCGUGGGGAAUCCAAAAAUCACCACGAGAAUCUUCGAAACUACCUGGAAAAUUCAGCUUCACCAUCUUGGUGUUCACCAAAAUCUAAAAUUUUUUAAAUAAUUCAGAACCCUAUGAAUAUGGGUGUCAAAAUUCUCCAAAUUCCACCAGGAAUCCGAAAAUCAUCAUGAUUUUAACCCUAAAAUCAAUAUUUUCAGCCUCACUGCCCAGCACCAAUGAAACAUUCGAUGUCAAACAUCCUGAAUCCGACGAAUCUCAAAUCCACAGAAAAUCUCAAUCUCAAAUUCCCACCAAAACCACCUACAGUAAUCCUGGAUCACACCACAACUUCGCCAUUCCAAUUAGUGCAACAAAAAAAGCAAAGAGAAAAGUGAGUUGACAUUUUUUGGGGUGUACAUAUGGCGCAUCUUUUUUUGUGACGCAACACAGAUUGCGUCAUUUUUCUAUGCGCCAAAAAAUACUUGUGGUAAGGUAUUGCGCAAUUUUAAGAGCCCGCUACCAUCUUUUUUUUAGCACCCCCUACUAAAACAAAAGGGGGGGGGUCACCAGAAAUUUGAGGGGGGUCUCGAAAAAUUUGAAUUUUAUUUUUUGCCGCCAAAAAUCCGAUAAGUUCAAAUAUUCUUACUGUAAUAUUUGUUGGCGCGAAAUUUUGAAAUUCAAAUUUUCUUUGUCCAAAAAAUAGUUUAAAAUUUUUUUUUUCAGAAAAAUCUUUGGCGAAAUUCAAAAUUUCCAAUAA